UUUUCUCCACUUGGCGAUUAUUCACGAGGAAAAAGCCCUGAGCCUGGAGGUGAUCCAGCAGGCGGCCGGGGACCGGGCUUUCCUGAACUUCCAGAACAACCUCAGCCAGACUCCUCUUCACCUGGCAGUGAUAACCGAUCAGCCUGAAAUUGCUGAGCAUCUUCUGAAGGCUGGCUGCGACCUGGAAAUCAGGGACUUCCGAGGAAACACCCCCCUGCACAUUGCCUGUCAUCAGGGCUCCCUCAGGAGCGUCAGUGUCCUCACGCAGUACUGCCAGCCACAGCACCUCCUCGCUGUCCUGCAGGCAGCCAACUACAACGGACAUACAUGUCUUCACUUGGCAUCUAUUCAAGGAUACCUGGCUAUUGUCGAAUAUUUGCUGUCCUUGGGAGCAGAUGUAAAUGCACAGGAGCCUUGCAAUGGCAGAACUGCACUACAUUUGGCCGUUGACCUGCAGAAUUCAGAUCUGGUGUCGCUUCUGGUGAAACAUGGGGCAGAUGUGAACAAAGUGACCUAUCAGGGCUAUUCCCCCUAUCAGCUCACGUGGGGAAGAGACAACUCCAGCAUACAGGAACAGCUGAAGCAGCUGACUACAGCUGACCUGCAGAUGUUGCCAGAAAGUGAGGAUGAGGAGAGCAGUGAAUCAGAGCCUGAAUUCACGGAGGAUGAACUUAUAUAUGAUGACUGCAUCAUUGGAGGACGACAGCUGGCAUUUUAAACCAGAGCUUUCCGUGAGAAGAACUGACUGUAUACAUAUGUACAGAAAAAGGACUGACUUUCUUCAUUUAAAAAGAAAGUCGCAGUGUGGAGAGAAAAACCAGGAGGGAAAUACUACACUGCCCAGCAAGGAGGAGGAGCACAUAAUUGUAACAGGACAGUUCCAGGUUCUGGCCUGUGUUUAAAUACAGGAAUGGGAUGUGUAACGUCGGUAGAGAUCUGUGAUUAUUCACACCACCUGAUAAAGAGCCACAUAGCCGAUCUUCUCAACCUUAUGAAGCUAACAGACUACACAUCCAACCUGCUCGUUGCAGAGAGCUUUCUUGUGGCAUUAAGUACUACGAGGAACACGUGGCUUUUCAUGACAAGUUGGGCUCAUACCAGCGUCCCGUCUUCUUGGAGACUGUGUGUUCAUGUGUGUUGGGCUCGUGGCACUCCCUGACCUUACUGACUGACCUCAGCUGCUCUCAGUGGGGUGUCCCAGGCAGAGGAGUCAGACCAAGGGACUGGUGACCUCUUGGCUCUUAGGAGAAGUAGCAAUAGUGUUAACUGUGGGCAUUGGAAACUGUGUGUUUCACACCAUGUGUGUCAAAAUUGCUACACUUUUUAGCAGUUGUAUAUUGUGUAAAUACUGUACAUUAUUUGUUUAUAAUUAUUUUGGUACAUGUGAGAUAUGUAUUUAUUAAAAAAA